AUGGCAUCAUCAAUGUAUUUAUUCUCUGUUCUUAUGAUCUCAUUGAUUGCUCUUACUAUCAAUUUAACCCAUUGUUCACCAGCUAAUACGAAAAUAUCUGAUGCUAUUGAGCAUAAAAUAACUGCUGAAAAAAUUAAAUCAAACAAUAAUGAUCAGAAAGAUUCAUCAAAAGCAAAAUUAUCUGUUGAAAAGGCCUCUAUCAAUAAACGUGCAUACCCAACAGAAGGUAUCCUACUUGGUAAACGUGGAUAUCCAACAGAAGGUAUUUUACUUGGAAAACGUGGAUAUCCAACUGAAGGUAUUCUCCUUGGAAGACGAGGAUAUCCAACCGAAGGUAUUUUGUUAGGCAAACGUGGGUACCCAACUGAAGGUAUUCUACUUGGUAAACGUCACUAUCCAACAGAAGGCAUCUUACUUGGUAAACGUGGCUAUCCAACUGAAGGAAUUCUUUUAGGUAAACGAAAUACUCGUUUGUCUGAAUCAGAAUCAUCUGAAAUGGCUGAUCAUUAA